AUGGCGUCGCAGCUGGAGAAGAUGAAGGAAGGCCGCGGCCUGACCCUGCGCAACAAGAACAAGUCCCGGCGUCGCCCUCAGAUCAGCGCGCCCAAGCCGAUCUCCGUCCAGGCUCCCAACAAAGAGCUCGAGUCGUCGGUGCCCCUUGCUACGCAGCAGGGAGGAGCGACAUCAGAUCUCGUCAAACGACGCUACUCAGCUCGCUUCAACCACAUUCCGGAUGCUCCGUUCGAUGCUCCGCCGGUCCCGAGUCUCCCACCGGAUGUUCAGGGUUAUGGUGGCCUAGGAGCUGGGCCAGCUGCUGCAAGCACCCCGCAGACGGGCUCUGGGCAGCCCCUUGAAGUGAACCUCAAGGCGCUGAGGGAUCCAUCACUUCCUGUGGACAAAUAUGUGGCUAGCCUGCUCGCCAAUGCGUCUGAAGAAGAUAUCCAGGACUACCAGCAACGUCUGCGGAAGGUCAAGAAUCGCACAUCGACGGACCUGCAGCAAAAUGUCUACCAGAACCGAACUCAAUUCAUCAAAAUCAGUGAGGAAGCGGAGAAGCUCAAAGGCGAAAUGCGGACGUUGCGGACUCUAAUGUCUGAGCUCACGACAGCACUGGGACAGACUAACAACACCAGCGGGUCGAGUUUGCUGUCGCCUACUGAUGACCGUUCCUCGAAACGAAGCAACCGAAGCUCGGUAGCGAAUCUAGAAAACAUGUGGAACAUGCAGCUGCAGUCGCUGUGGAAAACGGUCGAGGGGUCACAAAAGUUUCUCCCGGCCAUUCCUGGUCGCCAUAUUGUACUGGAAAGUGGACACUGGGUUGAACUCGACUCUGCAACAUGGAAGCCCCGAAGACCCGUACAUAUCGUUUUGCUCAAUGACCACCUUUUGGUCGCUGCAAAAAAGCGCAAGCGGAUUGACCCCAAUAGUCCGAACCAACACCGUGGUCCAGCACCGACUAAGCUUGUGGCGGAGGAAUGCUGGCAGCUCCAAGAUAUCGACAUGAUUGACCUCGGAGCGAAUCUAGGCUCUGGCGCGGCGCGUGCUGAAGCUGAGGAUAGAGGCGUGGCGCAUGCGAUCAACGUGCGCGUUGGCUCUAAAUCGUACACUUAUCGAUAUGACCAGCGUACCAGCUCGGCCAAGAAUGAGCUCUUGGCCACAUUCAGGAAGACUGUGGAGGACCUCCGCAAAGCUCUGCGCUCUGAAAUCGAUGCUUCCAAUAAGCCUAGCGAUGCCCUUCGUUCUCUUACUCAAUUAGAAGGCAACCGAAAGUCGGGUAUACUCGAUAACCCCGAUGACAAAGACAAACCAGAAAUCCGUAUUGAUGUAGAUGGCAAACAGCACAAUCUGCGUUGGGUCGAGGGCCAAGUUGAUGACAUUGACAUUGACAUUGCACUGCACCACUUUGAAGAGGCUGUGGCUAGCGUUGAGCGAUUGCGAAAACUGGCCCAGGGUCUCAAAGGGAACUCGGUUGCUCAAGAUGUGAUCAACCAAAAAGUCGACGAACGAGCGUCUAAACUGGCCAGUAUUCUCACGCGCACACUGGUCAACACUAACUCAUUCCCGACUGCCACCAAGACCAAUGUUGGCUGGCUCACUCGUCUUGGAUUCGAAGACCGCGCGCGAGGAGCCUACCUGCGCGCACGCACCGAGGUCAUUCACAAACGCGCCCGUCAAUGUAUCUUUGAGGGCGACCUCCGGAUAUACAUUUUUCAAAUUUCAUUUGUUUAUUUCACUCUGAUCAAGAACACCAUCAGCAUAUACCAGCAAUGCUUCCCGCCCGUCAUGUCGAGCGCAUGCAUCAAAUGGGCAAAGGAACACUUGGACGAAUUCAACGCCGCGCUUUCGCGGCAGCUCAGCAGUGUACAGAGGGACACGGCCGUGUGGCAGGACUGCAUGGGGAUUGUAGACGAACAGGCUUCGAUGUUGAUAGAAGUGGGCGUUGACUUUAAGGAUCUGAUCGCAAGCGGUCUGGAGAAUGGCCAUGCACAGCAAGAGGGCGAUAAUGGCGAACCAGGCGAUGCAGAGGUUCAGUGA